UAAACACAUAAAUGAAGGGAAAGCCAGCUCAAUCUAAUGCUUGGAUAUAGCAAAGAUGAAUUUAAUAUUAAUAUUAAUAUUCAUAUAAAAACAAGCCCAUCUUUAUUAUUGCCUUACCUGCUGUUAUUAAUUAAGCUUUAAUAAAUAGACCACCCAACUAAAUAUAUCAAUAACUUCGAUAAUACACACAACACCCAGAAAAUAAAAACUACCCAACCUUAAGCUGAUCUUAGUGCUUCAAUGGCAGAACCAAUUCCCUUACCUAAAAAGGAAUUAUCAUCAAAACUAGUUCAAGAGAUUGCUAAAAAUAGCAAUGAAAUACCAGAACAAUACCUGCACAAAAAUGGUUUCCCUCAAGCUAUUGAUGCACCUGAUUUAUGGAAGGAUGCUUUGCUCAUUGAUUUUUCUCUCCUCUCUUCCUCUUCAACCGAGCUCGCAAAGCUCCGAUCAGCUCUUUCCGAAUGGGGAUGCUUUCAGGUUAUAAAUCAUGGGAUGGAAAGCUCAUUCUUAGGAGAGAUGAUUGAAGUUUCCAAGCAAUUCUUUGAACUUCCUUUGGAAGAAAAGCUGAAAUGCUCUGCAGCAAAUGACAUAUUCCAAGGUUAUGGAAGUGAUGCAAUAUAUGCAGGAAAUCAAACUAUCAAUUGGAAUGAUAGGCUAUUUGUUACACUUUACCCCGAGGAAAAGCGUCAGCUCAAAUUCUGGCCAACUAAGCCCGAAAAAUUCAGGGGAAUGAUCCAAGAAUAUUCAAUGAAGUUAACAAACAUGUUGGAGCCUUUAUAUAAGGCAAUGGCAAGGUCGUUGAACUUAGAAGAAGAUUGUUUCCUUAAACAUCAAGGGAAAAAUGGACUAAUAACCGGCAGGUUUAGCCUUUAUCCUCGUUGCCCAUGUCCUGAACGCGUUCUUGGGGUUAAACCACAUUCUGAUGGCGCGACAUUAGCAUUUCUCUUACCCGAGAAUGGGGUUCAAGGUCUUGAAGUUCUAAAAGACGAUGUCUGGCACAAGGUCCCCGUCAUCCCAGGUGCCCUGUUUGUUAACUUUGGAGACUUAGGAGAGGUGAUGACAAACGGAGUGUUUAAGAGUGUGAUGCAUCGGGUGGUAACAAACGACGCAAAAGACAGGAUAUCAGUGGCUGCAUUCUGCACACCAGAAGACAGCAAAAUAAUCGGACCAGUUAGUGAAUUGAUCGGUGAUCACAAGCCACAACUGUUCAAGAGGUUCGACAUUCAUGAAUUUAGACGGAUGUUCUUUGAGAACUAUGCUAAAGGUCGUAGGACAAUCGAAGCAUUGAAGCUUUAGUGUCUAAUUCUCUUCAGGUUAAACCUGCUAAAUCGUGUUAUAAAGUGUUUAAGUCCUUAUGGAUCAUCGAAACGAAUUCGACAUGUUUUAUUAUCACACUUUGAAGUUUAUAUAGCAAAAUGAUCUCCCUUCAUGUCAGUGUCUGGUACUUAAUUACUGAAUACUGAUAUAUACAUAUAUGGUCCCUUUUUCAUGGUCCACAUAAUGAUACAGUAAGAGUGCACCAGAGUAUAAUCAAAAUGAAUACUUGACAUUGCAGGACAACAACAAUUUCACAUAAUAAAGUCUUGAUCUCAACAAUAUGAAGUCGAUACUCAAUACAAAAGAUUAAUAAUUAAGCCUGAAUAACAGCCACAACGAUAGCCACAACCACGAGUCAGAACACAUAAUCAUGGUCAUAAAUCGAUCAAUC